AUGAUACCAUUGCAGUGUCAAAUCAAUUAUAUAUUUGACACAACUUCAAACCAAUGUGUUACAAAUGAAAAUUGCCAAACAGCAAAAUAUGGAUUUUGCACCAAAUGUGCUUCUGAUUUAAAUUACUUAUCACAAGGAAGGUGCUUACAAUGUCAAACAAACAAUUGUGCUCUUUGUGACAGUAACAGUUGUCUCAAAUGUUUAAAUGGAUUUGUGAAAUACACUGACACUUGGUGUAUAUCAAAGAGUGAAAUAUCAACAUGCAAAACAUUUGGCUCAAGUGGGUGUGUUGUUUGCAAUGAGGGGUAUUACCAGACAGACUCAAAGAAUAUAGAGAACAAGUAUGAUUACUGUGUUCCAAUAGAAUCUACAACAGUCACAAAUUGCAAGAGAUACAGUGCAAAUAACAAUAAAUGUGUUGAGUGUCUUGAUGCCUUCAAAUUAAAAAAUGGAAUUUGUGCUGAAACAUUUGAUGAAGACGACAAACUUAAAACAAGCAGUAAAACAGUAACAGAAACAACUUGUUUAAUUCGAAAUAACAAAGGAUGCCAACACUGCGCCGAUGGUUAUUACAACAUCAACAACGAGUGUAUUCAAUGCCAAAACAACUGUUUAACUUGUUACAACACAACUUACUGCACAACAUGUAAAUCCGGUUUUUAUUUGAGUGCUGACAUGUCAUGUAAGUCACUUGGUGCGUUACAAGAGAGUUGUGACAUUGCCCUACCCGGUGGAGGUGGAUGUGCAAUCUGUAACAGUGGGUAUUAUCGGGAGGGCAUUAGUUGUACACCAUGUGAUGAGUCGUGCUCACUUUGUGUGAACAGUUACGAAUGUCUUGCUUGCAAAGACGGCUAUUUCAACAUCCCAAGUGAAGGCAAAUUAUGUCAACCAAAUACAACACUUUCAAAUUGUGAAUUUUCAUUGUCCUCUGGCUGUGAGAGGUGUGUGUCUGGUCAUUACUUAUCGAAUCACAAGUGUUAUGAAUGUUCUUCAAAUUGUAUAUCAUGUGAUACUGAAAGUGUGUGCACUAAAUGUGAUGAGAAAGAAUAUAUUCUCAUUAAUUUGCAAUGUCUUCAUUUCACAAAAGUAGAACAUUGUGUUUCAGCGCAAAAUUCAAAAUGUGUUAAAUGUGAAGGUCGACGAGAACCGACAGAUUCCGGUGACAGUUGCACAGAUUCUGUUAAAUAUGGUGUUGUCAUAGGUAUUCCAAUUACAGUUGUAGUACUAUUGAUAUUAACAAUCACUUUAUUAAUAAUUAUUCUAUUUUUUAUAUUACAGCGAUAUAACCACAAACAACAAAUGCAAAAUGUCUGUGUUUUCGAUAUAAAAAGUUCUAAUUUGACGAUGGAGAAAAUGAAUGAAGUUUUGUGUUCCAACAAAAAUGUUUUACGCUUUGAUAUUGAUAGUGAUAAAGUUAUCAAAGUAGACACCGAGACUCGUGACUUAAUCUGCAUUGGAAACGCUUCAAAACAUAGUUUGAAGGUUCAAUUUAGUGUAAUUAAAGGGUGUGACUGUUAUGAAAUACGAACAGUGCCUUCAAUUGUGACACUAAAGCAAGGCAAAGCUUGUGAAUUUGAGAUAUUUAUAAAACCGUUAUGUUCAUGUCAAAUUAAAGAGAAUAUUAUGGUGAUUGCUCUUGACAUUGUAACAGGUACUGUUUUGAGUAACAAAUUACAAUUCGAAGUCGACACAGAACAAUCAACCAAAUUAAAUUCCAGAGAACUCGAAGAGACAAAGCAAAUUGGUGAAGGCUCCUUUGGUGUUGUCUACAAAGGAAAUUACAGAGGAAAUACAGUUGCUAUUAAAAAGAUGAAACAAAGUGAUAAUAAAGAAGAAACCAUUUCUGAAUUUAAAAAUGAAGUCGACAUGUUAGACAAAUUCCGAAAUGAGUAUAUCGUCCAUUUCUUUGGAACCGUUUUAAUACCAAACAAAAUUUGUAUGGUCACUGAAUUUGCACAAUAUGGAAGUUUACAGGACUUGAUUAAUAAGAAAAAAUCCAAUGAAGUUGAAAUGCAUUUACGAAUAAAAUUCAUCUUAGAUGCUUCAAAGGGAAUUGAAUAUUUACACGAAAAUGGCAUUUUACACAGAGAUAUCAAGCCAGACAACAUUCUUGUUAUUUCACUUGAUAUAAACGAGAAAGUGAAUGCUAAAUUGACUGAUUUUGGAAGUGCUAGAAAUAUCAAUAUGUUGAUGACGAAUAUGACAUUCACUAAAGGUAUUGGUACACCAGUGUAUAUGGCACCAGAAAUACUUAAGAAGGAAAAGUACAAGAAAUCUGCUGAUGUGUACUCACUUGGUAUCACUAUGUUUGAGUGUUUUGGGUGGUGUCAGGCAUAUCCAAAAACACAAUUCAAAUUUCCAUGGACAAUUGCGGAAUUUGUAAUUGAAGGAAAACGUCUUGAUAAAAAGGAUGAUAUGAGUGAUAACUCUUAUGAAAUUAUUCAAAGAUGUUGGGAACAUGAACAAUCAAAAAGAUUGAAUAUUGAAGAUUUGGUAUCGAGUCUAUCGAAUAUUGCUUUAAAAGGUUGA